ACCCACUGGUGAUGACUGGAAGGUAAUUGUAACUGAGAUAUAAAAGAUGGAAAUCCUUACCUUUUCUUUAAAAGUAAAAACAAAAAACAAAAGGGGUUUUAUUUUUGGAGAAGACGGAAGGAAUUUGUGGACCCUAAGAAUUAGUAACUAUACAACAGAUGUCAUCACAAAUUGUUGUUGUAAACACUGUAACUGUGUAAAUGUGCUAUUACAUUGUACUGUACCCUGUGUCUUUUAGUUGCAAUUCAGGGGUGUCAAAUUAAUAGGGACGCUAGGGACAUGUCCCUACAAAUAUCCAGUAACUACUGAAUUGUAACUAGCAAUAAUUUUGAUCAAACAAUUAAAAUGCAUUUAUAUAACCACUGUUGUCCAUCUGUGUCUUGUGGUUUGUAUUUUUUAUUUUUUUUUAACCAGGAAAAGUCUCACUGAGAUUAAUAAUCUCUUUUACAACAGUGUCCUGGCCAAAAUAGGCAGCAGCACAAUUUUUGGUACACAAAAGGUUAACAGAUCCCAUUCUCUACUACGCGACCCGCCUCCCUAAACCACGUCGCUAAUAGGAUUGGCUUUGCCGUUUCUUGCUAACGUGUGAGAGGCUGUAGCUACAUCCGGUUGUACAAAGUGCCAAAGGUCCUUCAACUAGAUGCGCAUUAUGUAGGCUACCGGUACGUGAGGAAGACACCAUCCUUAUACCAGCAGUUCUGUUCUGGAUGUGAAAAUACAGGACAAAUCAAUCGCCUCUCAUACUGAUUCAGUGACAGUGCAUUUUUUCAAUGCGUGACAAUCCUGUAUUAACGGGAUGGUUGCAAGCGUAAACGUUAGUUUGUUUGUGUGUGUGUGUGUGUGUGUGUGUGUGUGUGGGCGCGCGCACGUCGCAGGGGCGGUCAAUUGUCAAUUGUGGUCAAUGUCAUAAGCAGCCACUUAGGGCGUCACCAUAUUUGUGGCUCCGCCCCACCGAAUCCAAUGAACAGUACCGAGCGACAUUUAAAGUUCCUCAUGUCUUUUAUUACCUCAGAAAAGUUUGUUUCUUUUUGUUUAUGUUCUUUUUUUGUGGUUAUGCCUAUCCACGAUGGCUAUUUUUAUUUUUUAAUUUGUGCUAGGACCGGUAUUGUGUGUGCAUGCGUGUACUUUGACUUGUAAGGUAGCUCCUAAUUCCCACCUUUCUUUUUUUGACCACCAUCCUGCGUCAGCAUGUCAGCAUAUCACCAAACGCACACACACACACACACACACACACACUCAAACCAGCGGAUAUUGGGAACUACUUUACAACAAGUCAAAGUGCAAAUCACUAUAAUAAUACUUAAUUAAGCCAUAAAUGUAGAGGAAGAGAAGAGGGAAGUGAGGCAGGUGUAAAGGCAGGGUCACAGGUGAGGUCCUAACAUAUGACAUGGUGAUAUGUUAGUAGUGAGAUUCAGUAUUGUGACAAAUGUUAGGUUGUACUGGGAUGUACUGUAUGGUUCAUCCAUGUGUGUUUGAAAUGAAAGCUUUGAAUAGGAACGUUGUUGUUGUCUCUGUGGACUGCUUUUAUGUCCCCACCAAUGUCAAAAUCAAAUCUACACCCAAUUUGCUUUCGAUAGGUAUUACACAGUUUAUGUGAAAUGUAUAGGAAGUCAUCUUGACUUAAUGUAUCCAAAUUUUGUACUGCAUUUUUGAUUCCUAUAUAGAAAUAAUGCAUUAUUAUUAUUAUUAUUAUUAUUAUUAUUAUUAUUAUUAUUAUUAAUAAUAAUAAUAAAAGUAUUUGUGUUCAAAAUGUUGUACUUCUCAUUUUAUCACAGAACUUUGUUGCAAUUGUUUACCAGAAAACUGAGCAUGUAUGUACACCAAAACAUGUAUUACACAAGCAGAAAGACAAACUGUUUGGGAGUGUUUAUCAGGGUGCUAAAAAAAAGUGAAAAAUGUAUUACCCUGCCUGUGCAUUACAAGAUAGAUAAAUAUGUGAAUGAUAAGGGUGUUGGUUUGUUGAGAGUAGGUGUGGAGAGAAGCUACGUGUUAACAGUGAUGCACUUCCUCCAUUAUCCGCUCUGAGAGAAACUCCACCCCGGCCUUCAGCUGACAUUACAGUUGCCAGCAGUAUUUAAAGGGGCUGAGCCUGAUUUAUUAUUGCACGCUAUGAAUCAUCAACCACUUUCAUUCAAAGCCGUGAUCACAGAGGUGUUUAGUUCUGGACGUUUCAGGGAUCUGAUCUGAUCUGAUGGUACUGGUCCCCUUAUUACCGGCUUGGUGAAGACGACACCGCUUAUAUACCCGAGCAGAAAAAGAUGUUCCCCAGCACUAUACCAGAAGGACAAGUUGAGCAGGCACGCAAAUACUUUAACUUCUUGAAGAGACCCUUGGGGAUCUUGUGAGGAUCAGAGGUGAUAUGUCACGUGGAAAUGCAUAACUGCACAUCUAAACCACCAUUGAGACAUCCCCAAAGCUUUUUGGCUCACAUAUACUGAACGGGAGCAGUACGAGAUUACUCUCAGUUUCCAGAAAUGGGCACUCAACUAAAACAUCUUCAUGCAGAAGAGUCAUGUGAUCCAGAGCUUGAGGAAGCAGAUAUGGGAAGCAUAGUGACACCGCAGGCUCAGGCACGUACAGCACACCUUGAAGCUCCUGAUGGAGGAUGGGGCUGGGUGGUGCUGGUGGCCACCAUCUUAGUCCAAGCCAUGACCCUGGCCUUCCCAUCCUGCAUGGGCAUCUUCUACACCGACCUUCAGAUUCAAUUCAAUGCCAGCAACAGUGAGACAUCCUGGGUGCCAUCCAUAAUGAUAGCAGCCCUACAUGCUGGAGGGCCCUUGUGCAGCAUAUUCGUGGAACAUUUCGGCUGCAGGGCAACAGUGAUGAUGGGGGGAGUCUUGAGUGGAUUAGGGAUGGUAGCCAGCUCUUUUACACAUUCCAUCAUUGAGCUUUACAUUACUGCAGGAGUAAUAACAGGUCUAGGUUUUUGUUUCAGCUUCCAACCUGCAGUCACCAUCCUUGGUCACUAUUUUGUGCGCCGCCGUGCCUUCGCCAAUGGCAUGUCAUCCACGGGCACAGCUCUGGGCCUGUGCUUGCUGCCCUUCCUGGGUCACUACCUACACAGUGAACUGGGUUGGAGGGGGAGUUUCCUUGUGCUGGGUGCUGUGCUGCUUAACUGCUGUGUGUGUGGUGCUGUCAUGAGGCCCCUGGUGUCACGGAAACACAAAGAAGUCAAAGAAAAGAAAAAUGGCACCAAACCACUGGCUGAGGAGGGCUUUAAAGAACAGAUGUGGGUGGCGUGGAGGAGUUUAAUGUCCUCUUUCCAUCGCCACAUGGCCUUUGACCUGUUUUGCAGUAACCAGCGCUUUCGCGUGUACGCACUUGGCAUUACAUGGAUGAUGUUGGGCUUUGUGGUGCCGCUGAUUUUCCUCGUACCUUAUGCUACAGACAAUGGCAUUGAGCGGAGUCGGGCUGCCCUGCUGCUCUCUAUCUUGGGCUUUAUCAACAUCUUCGUGAGGCCGCUUGCUGGCCUGCUCUUCAGCCUUCCCUGGUUCAAAGGCCGCCAUGUUUAUGUAUUUUCAAGUGCAUUGCUACUGAAUGGACUGAGCAACAGCAUCUGCUGUAUUGCGCCCACAUUUCCAGUACUCUUGGCUUAUGUGCUGACUUAUGGUCUGUCCAUGAGCGUGGUGGGCACACUGAUGUUCACUGUGCUCAUGGACAUAGUGCAGAUGAACCGCUUCCCCUCAGCACUUGGUUUGCUUGCUAUCAUGGAGAGCGUCACGCUGCUGAUUGGACCGCCUCUAGCAGGCAGCCUUGUGGACAGCACUGGUCUGUACAUGUAUGUUUUCCUCGCCUGCAGUAUCACAGUGGUCUUAUCAGCUUUGUUUCUCAUGGUGUCUUUCUACUUGCUGGACCGCCGUGACACAGCACUUAAGGAUGCAUCAUCGAAUCAAGUGUCAACAGUUACACCGGAAGUUCUCAUAGUGUGUGUAGGGGGAAAGGUCAAGGAACCUGUAAAAGAAACUGAAUGCACCACAACUGUAUGAACCGAGUACAUUGACAAUCAACAUCUGUGUUAGAUGAAUGAAACAUAUGCACAUAAUUUGAAUACAAAUUGAUUUAUUUUCAAGGUUUAUUAUUAUAUCUGGGGCAUUUAACAAUAACACCAAUGAUAUACACUUUAAGCUUGUUUAAAGAUAUGAUGUGUAUUUGUCAGAUUGUGAGGGUUAUAUUGCUUUACAUUGCUAGAUCAAGCUUUGUGUUACACUAUUACACAUUUCUAAGCAUGUUCGUUUUUUUAUAUGCUAUUUUACAGUACACUUGCCAAUAUGACAUUUAUCAAUGGCUGUUGACCUGAAUCUUAUCUUUCAGAAUGUUAAUGAUCACAUUACCUUAUUGGAUAUUGCACUGUUUCCAGCAGUUCGUCAGAGCGUUUUGGGGUUUACUAUUCUUUAUGUUGUUUACGUGUUUAUUUGUGUACUGCACCCCAUUCUGGAACAUUGCCAGUACUGCAGUGCUUCUAGGUCUGCACAAAUGGAAACCAAAUUUAGUCUGUGGCUGUAGUACCCUGGUCUGUUUUACAUUAUCAUGCUGUUAUUACAUUUUAUACAGUUAUCAUCUGCACAUAGUCAAUCAGAGUAGACAAAGUUCAUGUCUCUUAGAUUUCUUCACAUUACAUGUCCUUUACAUGAGCUGUAUAUUAUAAGCACAUACUUGUUUUACAGCUGAACGUUAGCUAGAGUCAGAUUGUGCGUGCUUCACUGUUAAUGCCUUAUCUAAUGCUAUCAGGGAACUGUACACAAAUCAAGUGCCGUAUGAAUGAAAAUAUUUAUGUAUUCCCAGAGCUGUUCAUCUGCACUGUACACCAAAAGUCCUGCUGGUUCUAGUAUAUUUUUACAGAGUAUAUACAUAUUAUACACAAUAUAUUGGUCUAUAUAUAAAAUAUUGGUCCUGUUGCCAUUGUUUAACACUGUGUACAUCUAUAGAUUGUAUAAGGUCAUAUGUUAUUUACAAGUCUUCUUUUCAAAUAAAUACUCUGUUUCAUUUCGAAUAAAAAAAGCUUAUUUCAGUUCAAAUUGAGUUUUGCUUCCACGUAAUUGAAAUUGUACACUAUGAGUCUGUCAUCAAUAUGGAAAUGAUAUCAAUUCUUUAAAUUCUUUCAGAAGAAUUUAGGCUUGAAGAGAGAGGACAUUAUCAGACCAAGGAUAAACAGAUGCUUUCUCCAUGGUAGACAUUUAAAAAAAAAUCUGUAAUAUCUGUAAAAUUCAAUCUUAUCCAGGAUGUGUUCGGGCCUUGCACAGUGUUCCUGGGAUUGGCUCCAGAGUCAACAUCAACCACCACCACCAGCACAGUAAUAAUAAUAAUAAUCAUCAUCAUCAUCACCAUCAUAAAAAUUCUGGUGUGUCCGGGACGGUUUUUUU